GGGCUCCUCCGUGCCCUCACUGUUGCCUUUUCCUCAGAUGCUGCUGCUGCUGCUGGUGCCUCUCUUCCUCCGCCCCCUGGGCGCUGGCGGGGCUCAGACCCCCAACGUCACCUCGGAAGGUUGCCAGAUUAUACAUCCGCCCUGGGAAGGUGGCAUCAGGUACCGUGGCUUGACUCGCGACCAGGUGAAGGCCAUCAAUUUCCUGCCUGUGGACUAUGAGAUUGAAUAUGUGUGCCGGGGCGAACGCGAGGUGGUGGGGCCCAAGGUGCGCAAGUGCCUGGCCAACGGCUCCUGGACGGAUAUGGACACACCCAGUCGCUGUGUCCGAAUCUGCUCCAAGUCUUAUUUGACCCUGGAAAAUGGGAAGGUUUUCCUGACGGGUGGGGACCUCCCAGCUCUGGAUGGAGCCCGGGUGGAUUUCCGAUGUGACCCCGACUUCCAUCUGGUGGGCAGCUCCCGGAGCAUCUGUAGUCAGGGCCAGUGGAGCACCCCCAAGCCCCACUGCCAGGGCACCCUUCCCUCAUCGCAGUCUCCGCUCCGCAUGAACAGGUGUGGGAGGGGGCUGGGGAUCAGGCCUGGGAAGCUGGGCGCCCCUGGUAACUCUUCUCUGAUCCCCGUCUUUCCUGCUGCCAGUGAAUCGAACGCCACACUCAGGUGAGAUCAGAAACCCUUCCGCGUGCACUGCCGCCCCCAUCCCCUCACUCUUCACCCUCCACCAGCAGGAUAUCUUUGCUUAGGUUGUGGGUGUCCUGUUACUCAUGUCCCACCACCCAUUCUAGUUUGAGGCCGGGCCCUCCUCUCCUACCUGUUUCUUGCCGCCAAAUCGCGGUUUUCCGCGGGUCGCGCUCCCUCCCACUUCCCUGCUUGGCCACGCUCCUCCGGGUCGCGCUCCUCUCGGACUCAGCUUUCUAGCGCGAAGCCCGGUAGGGGGCAGCCGCGCGCCGGAGGAUCCCAGAUCUCUCCUUCGUGGGGUUCCUUCAGACCUCGGGGACCUACUCUUGCCACCCCCUACCCAGGUUUUACCUGCGAGGUUCCGUCGACCCUGUUCACUGGUCCCACCCAUGCGAGCCUCGCAUCCUCUGUAGACCCUUUCUCCCAUCACCUUUCUUCCAGCCUUCCCUCAACUACACUAUCCUUCUCCUAAGCUGCACUUCUCCAUACCAGUUCUCCCCUUCUGCAAAGCCUUUCCCAUCGCUCUCGCUCUUCCUACCCUUAGUUCCUCGCUCCAUCUUCCCAUAUCCCCCUUUCAGAACUGUCACCUUCCUCUCCUAACCUACCCACCCUCGCUUCCCCUCUUUGCUCUGUGCUUAUCCUCUCUCCUUCCAAAUCCUUAUCCUCUCCUCUAGUCUCCUUAGGCAGAGACCCUUCCCUUCCUUGCGCUCUCCCUCUUCUCCCCUCCCCUUCGGGCCUCGGCACUGGCUCCUAUCCCCGCCUCCAGCCCGUGACGUCAAGCCCCCCUCCUAGCUCCUUUUCUCCCUCCUCCCUUCUGUCGGUCGGUCAGUCGGCGAGGAGAGUCCGCGGUGGCGGGAGCGAGCGUCUCUUGGCCCUAGGAAGCCCACGUCUCUGCCUUCCCCGGGCUCUGGCCCCUCCUCCCCAAUGAGACCGGGGAUGGAGGCGCCUCCCCGACGCCCUCCCAGAAGCCUUCCCCAGAAGAAGUGUCCCCCCUGAGCUGCCCCCACCCCAAGGAGGCCGCCCCCGCCCCUCCUCGCCAUGGGCCCGGGGGGACCCUGUACCCCGGUGGGGUGGCCGCUGCCUCUUCUGCUGGUGAUGGCGGCUGGGGUGGCUCCGGUGUGGGCCUCUCACUCCCCUCAUCUCCCGCGGCCUCACCCGAGGGUCCCCCCGCACCCCUCCUCAGAACGGCGUGCAGUAUACAUCGGGGCGCUGUUUCCCAUGAGCGGGGGCUGGCCGGGGGGCCAGGCCUGCCAGCCUGCGGUGGAGAUGGCGCUGGAGGACGUUAACAGCCGCAGAGACAUCCUGCCGGACUACGAGCUCAAGCUUAUCCACCACGACAGCAAGUGCGACCCAGGGCAAGCCACCAAGUACUUGUAUGAACUACUCUACAACGACCCCAUCAAGAUCAUCCUCAUGCCCGGCUGCAGCUCUGUGUCCACACUGGUAGCCGAGGCUGCCCGGAUGUGGAACCUUAUUGUGCUCUCAUAUGGCUCCAGCUCACCAGCCUUGUCAAACCGACAGCGGUUUCCAACGUUCUUUCGGACACAUCCAUCCGCCACACUCCACAAUCCCACCCGGGUGAAACUCUUCGAAAAGUGGGGCUGGAAGAAGAUUGCCACCAUCCAGCAGACUACCGAGGUCUUCACCUCAACACUGGAUGACCUGGAGGAGCGAGUGAAAGAGGCUGGGAUUGAGAUCACUUUUCGACAGAGUUUCUUCUCAGAUCCAGCUGUGCCUGUUAAAAACCUGAAGCGUCAAGAUGCUCGAAUCAUCGUGGGACUUUUCUAUGAGACCGAAGCCCGGAAAGUUUUUUGUGAGGUCUAUAAGGAACGGCUCUUUGGGAAGAAGUAUGUCUGGUUUCUCAUCGGGUGGUAUGCUGACAACUGGUUCAAAACCUAUGACCCGUCAAUCAAUUGUACAGUAGAAGAGAUGACUGAGGCGGUGGAGGGCCAUAUCACCACGGAGAUUGUCAUGCUGAACCCUGCCAACACCCGAAGCAUUUCCAACAUGACAUCACAGGAAUUUGUGGAGAAACUAACCAAGCGGCUGAAAAGACACCCUGAGGAGACUGGAGGCUUCCAGGAGGCACCACUGGCCUAUGAUGCUAUCUGGGCCUUGGCUUUGGCCUUGAACAAGACCUCUGGAGGAGGUGGCCGUUCAGGAGUGCGCCUGGAGGACUUUAACUACAACAACCAGACCAUUACAGACCAAAUCUACCGGGCCAUGAACUCCUCCUCCUUUGAGGGUGUUUCUGGCCACGUGGUCUUUGAUGCCAGCGGCUCCCGGAUGGCAUGGACGCUUAUCGAGCAGCUACAGGGCGGCAGCUACAAGAAGAUCGGCUACUACGACAGCACCAAGGAUGAUCUUUCCUGGUCCAAAACAGACAAGUGGAUCGGAGGGUCUCCCCCAGCCGACCAGACCUUGGUCAUCAAGACAUUCCGUUUCCUGUCACAGAAACUCUUUAUCUCCGUCUCAGUUCUCUCCAGCCUGGGCAUUGUUCUUGCUGUUGUCUGUCUGUCCUUUAACAUCUACAACUCCCACGUUCGUUAUAUCCAGAACUCCCAGCCCAACCUGAACAAUCUGACUGCUGUGGGCUGCUCACUGGCACUAGCUGCUGUCUUCCCCCUUGGGCUGGAUGGUUACCACAUAGGGAGAAGCCAGUUCCCAUUUGUCUGCCAGGCCCGCCUUUGGCUCUUGGGCUUAGGCUUUAGUCUGGGCUAUGGCUCUAUGUUCACCAAGAUCUGGUGGGUCCACACAGUCUUCACAAAGAAGGAGGAGAAGAAGGAAUGGAGGAAGACCCUAGAGCCUUGGAAACUGUACGCCACUGUAGGCCUGCUGGUGGGCAUGGAUAUCCUGACUCUUGCCAUCUGGCAGAUUGUGGACCCCUUGCACCGAACCAUUGAGACUUUUGCCAAGGAGGAACCAAAGGAAGACAUUGAUGUCUCCAUUCUGCCCCAGCUGGAGCACUGCAGCUCCAAGAAGAUGAAUACAUGGCUCGGCAUUUUCUAUGGUUACAAAGGGCUGCUGCUGCUGCUGGGAAUCUUUCUUGCUUAUGAGACCAAAAGUGUGUCCACUGAAAAGAUCAAUGACCACAGGGCCGUGGGCAUGGCUAUCUACAAUGUUGCGGUCCUGUGUCUCAUUACCGCUCCUGUCACCAUGAUCCUUUCCAGCCAGCAGGACGCAGCCUUCGCCUUUGCCUCUCUGGCCAUUGUGUUCUCUUCCUACAUUACUCUGGUUGUGCUCUUUGUGCCUAAGAUGCGCAGGUUGAUCACUCGAGGUGAAUGGCAGUCUGAAGCACAGGACACAAUGAAAACAGGAUCAUCCACCAACAACAAUGAGGAAGAGAAGUCCCGACUGUUGGAGAAGGAAAACCGUGAAUUGGAAAAGAUCAUCGCCGAGAAAGAGGAGCGUGUCUCUGAACUGCGCCAUCAGCUCCAGUCUCGGCAGCAGAUCCGCUCCCGGCGCCACCCCCCAACACCCCCAGACCCCUCUGGGGGCCUUCCCAGGGGACCCUCAGAGCCCCCUGACCGGCUUAGCUGUGAUGGGAGUCGAGUACAUUUGCUUUACAAGUGAGGGUGUAUCGAGAAGGAUGAGGCCAGCAGGGGAGGGAAGGGUGUGGGGAGUGGGUGGGGAACUGGGAAGAGGGUGGAGAACAAGCUCCAAUCCCCCUCUUAGAAAUACAUGUCAUUCUGUGCAUCUGGGGUUAUCUGGGUCUUCAGUACUCUGGGAAACAGAUGGUUUUCUUUCUUUCCAUAUAAUUUUAUAUCACCACUUCACAGUUUUGUUUGAACCCUGCUUGGAGCUAUUCACUCAUGACUCCAGAGGGGCAUCUCGUUUGUCUCCCAUAGGCUGUCUUGUAUAGUUGUUACUACAGCAACUCCUGUCAUUUCAGCAGCAGGGGUCUUCCUACAUUAUCAGGGCUUUCUCUCCAUUUCUCAGCAUUAGAAUCUCCUUCCAUCAUCCUUCUCCUCCAUGUCCCUGUGUCUUCCUCUCCUUAAAUGUUGCUUCUUCCAGGGGACUCACCACACACACACACACACACACACACACACACACACACACACACACCAUAUCCUCUCCUCUCCUAGGCAGCUGGAUGUGUUUCUGUGCAAAUAUGUUCUUUUCUGAAUGCUGCUAUCACUUGUGUUUGCAUAUGCUGCACCUGUGAGUGCACAGUGGUUGUGGGUGUGUGCAGUGGUGUGCUUGGGUAGGCGUGCAUGAUGUGUUGAGCACACCAAGCUGUCUUCCUCAUGUGCAUAUGUCAUGGUUGUCUAUGUUUUACUUGUGUGCCUCCUUGCAUUGUGUAUUUUUUCUUUGCAUUUUAAUAUCACUAUGUAGUGUGUGUGUGUGUUGCCCUGACUCGUGUCAGGGCAGGCUUCCUGUCUCAGCCUUCUGAGUAUUGGGAUUACAGUUGUCUGCCUAGCUGAUGUCCUGUCUUCUUUCAGCAGAGGCAUGUGCACCCAACAUGCACAUGAUUAAGCAGGCUCUUCCCCAGUACGUGUUUUCUGAGCCAUGCAUACCCUCUCCUUGGCCUUAGGUUUACUCUCAAGUGUUCCCUCUAUUCUCAUGCGUCCCACUUUGGGUCUGUACAAUCAUCUCUCAGAACUACUGCAUCUUGGUUUUCUUUUCUUUGUUGUCAUUAUUAUUAUUUUUCAGAACUAAGGGGAAAAGAAAUGGGGACAGGUUGGAGGCUGUUUCCAGUGGAUAGUGGGUGCACAUUUGAUCAAAUGAAGGCAUGGACAGAUGGACUGACCGGGCGGGAGGCAGCAUCCCUUUCACACUGUGGUGUCUCUUGGGGGAAGGAUCUCCCUGAAUCUCAAUAAAGCAGUUAACAGUGUGACUCAGCACCUCA